CCCGCGUCCGAGUGAAUUACUGUUACAGAACGGUUUCGAUGGCGGAGGGACGAACGCGUCCGUAGCUUUUUUUGGGUCUCGUCAUGACGGGGACCGAGAAAGACGAGAAAUUACCCUCUGGGGCUCGCAUCGGGGGCGUCACCGGGCUUUUGAUCAGAUGGAAGGGGAGCAUCUACAAACUGAUCGGAUUGGACAUCAUCGUCUGGCUCCUUUUCUUCUACACCUUCAGUUGCGUCUAUCGAUUUCUAUUGAAUGGGGAGCAAAAAGACGUGUUCCAGAAGGUUGUGGUUUACUGCCGUGACUUCACGAACAACAUCCCGCUGACGUUCGUCCUUGGCUUCUACGUUACCACGGUCCUUAAUCGGUGGUGGGGGCUGUGGAAUUCCCUGCCCUGGCCGGAUGACGUCAUUCACUAUCUCACCACUUACCUCAAUGGACAGGACGAGCGAUCGAAAUUGAUGAGAAGAACUAUCCUGCGACACGUGAACCUGGGGAUUAUCUGCUGCAUGAGGUUCUUCAGCAGUCGGGUCAGGAAACGAUUCCCGUCCAUGAGAAGCCUCGUUGAAGCAGGGCUAAUGGAAGAAGGCGAAAGACGGAUGAUGGAAGUGAUGGCAGGAGAUUCGUUGAGAUCCAUGUUCUGGAUCCCCCACAUGUGGGCGACGAGAAUCGCCCAUCAAGCCAGGGAGGAGAAUCGGAUCGAAAGCGACUUGGGUCUCCGAGGCAUCGUCGAUGCCGUCAACGGUGUCCGUCGGACGUGUGCCCUCUGUCAACAUGUGGAAUUCAUAGAAGUCCCGAUCGUCUACUCCCAGGUGGUGACACUUGCCACUUACAGCUACUAUUGUGCUUUGGUGUUCGGGAGCCAGUCCAUAGAUGGUGACAACAGCGAAAAAGAUGAUAUCAACGCCUACGCUCCCAUCACAUCAGUAUUCCUGUUGGUCUUAUAUGUCGGGUGGCUGAAAGUGGCCGAGUCUCUCAUCGAUCCAUACGGAGAAGAUGAUGCUGAUUUCGAGCUUAACUGGCUUCUUGACCGUCACAUCAAAGUAACAUACGUGACGGGAGAGGGGUUGAACACGGACUUCAAGGAAUUCACAUGGAAGGACAUGUUCCCUUGGCUCUAUGACCAAACCUUGACGCCGAAACCGAAACUGCUCGUCUACGCCAACAUGAUGGACAAAGACAAAGAUGCCAAGAUGCCAGAUCCGGUGGUGACGCCCAUUCCUCCUGGUGAUCCAGCCGUUUUGGAGAAGGCAACCCUUUUCCGAUUACUGAGAAGGAAUAAUGUCCAAGUGGCACCGGCUCCUGGACCUCCGACCAAUUCCCAGAAUCGGUACAGUUUCAAGCCUGCUCACAAGGAUGAUCUGCAUUUCGAAGAAGAAUGGGGGAAUCCGUAGCCCCAUAUCUGCAUCUCCGCAAAUGACUCUUCAUGUAUCAUUUCUCCCCACUAUUUGCACCACUCCAAAAUAUUCAAGUCAUGCAUAAUUCAGCAAUAAAUCUAUAUUCUUUACACAUAGCGUUGCGGUACGGCUG